GAGGGCGGAGGAGUGACAGCCUCAGCAUAACACUCUCCUCAGGCAGCAGGGAGGCCGUUGGUCGUCUCCGAGAGGCGGCUAUUCCUCCAGAGGCGAUGAGGAUGGCGGCGCUGGCGAGCGCGGCGGAGAGGGCUGUCCUGCAAGAAGAAUUCAAAUGGCUCUUACGGGAGGAGGUUCACACUGUCCUUCGGCAACUACAAGAUAUCCUGAAGGAGGCUUCUCAUCGGUUCACUUUGCCUGUGAGUGGCUCAGAGGGACCCAUCAAACAGGAGAACUUUAUUCUGGGUACUUCAAAUGCUGACCAAGUGAAAGGAGUCCUGACACUUCAGGGAGAUGCCCUGUCCCAGGCAGAUAUUAACUUGAAAAUGCCCAGGAAUAACCAGCUCCUGCACUUUGCAUUCCGGGAUGACAAGCAGUGGAAACUGCAGCAGAUUCAGGAUGCAAGGAAUCAUGUCAACCAAGCAAUCUACUUACUCACUAACAGAAGUGCUAAUUACCAGUUCAAGACGGGAUGUGAGGUCAUCAAGCUGAUGGAUGCAGUGAUGUUACAGUUGACAAGAGCUCGAAAUCGGCUCACCACGCCAGCUACUUUGACGCUCCCAGAAAUUGCAUCUAGCGGCCUCACGAAGAUGUUCACUCCUGGUCUGCCUGCAGAUAUCUUGGUGAAUUUCUACAUCAACCUGAACAAGCUGUGCUUGACAGUCUACCAGUUACAUGCACUGCAGCCCAGUUCCACAAAGAACUUUAGGCCUGCUGGAGGGUCCAUUCUCCACAACCCAGGGGCCAUGUUUGAGUUCAACAACCAAAGAUAUGAAGUCAGCCAUGUUCAUAAGGUGGAGUGUGUUGUACCUUGGUUGAACGAUGCCCUCGUUUUCUUCACAGUAUCUCUGCAGCUCUGCCAGCAGCUAAAGGAUAAGGUGAUCAGUUCGAAGAUGUACGUAUGUUUGGAUUUUAUAUCUGUUGCUAAAAGAAGAAUGUAAGAUCAAUGUAUUUUCUGGCUACUGGAAUUACAAGCUGUACUAAUUCCUGUUUCGACAGUGGUCCAUCUGUAGUUUUCACUCUCUCUUCUGGGGAGGAGGUUGUUGUAUAAGCUGUGUAUGUGAGACGUCGUUGGAUCCCUCCACUCAUGGUAGCCACAGGUUAGGGCACCAUACCCAGAGUUGGCAUCCUUGUGUGUAGUAUGUCAUUAUUUAUUAGCACUUUAGAGGUCCAGACUUUCUUUCCAUGUGCUUUGAGGCUGGGUGCAAGGCUAAUCCAUCAGAAUAUUCCCACUAGUGUGAGGAAAUUAUGGACAACAGGGAUUCACCAGUCUCUGCCUAUUUCCCAUUCCUGGAGGAUAAGAGGGACCAGCCAGAGGUAUGGCACUCCUUAAUGGCCUAUACCCAUUCCUUGUCAUGUUUAGGGUUUGGUGUCGUAUCCACCUGCACCCUCCCUUUUGCACAGAUGUGAUGGUUCAUUUCACAACUUCCAUAAAAGAGGCAUAGGGAACAAUUUCCUUUUCAUGGUGGGUUAAACCUGCUUUUGUUAAGCAGGGGCACCACAUCUUUACCAAGUCUUCCGGUGAUCCAUUCCUUGCCUGUCUAUCCGCAAGGCAAAGCAAGCUCCAAAUGCUGUCCUGGUGGCAGAAGUGAUUGAUUGCUGCUAAAUUUGUGAGAGUAAUUUCUCAAACUACUGUGUUGUGAAAUAAACAUACUUGGAAUAUCGUGA